CGCGUGAACGUGUGCUGUGAACGUGUGCGCGCUGGGACGAGGCGGAUAAACGGCGCAGCUGUGAAAUGGCAAAGUUUCUCUCCCACGAUCAAAUAAAUGAAUUCAAGGAGUGCUUCUCGCUGUAUGACAAAAACCACAAGGGAAGAAUCAAAGCCCACGACCUGAUCGUGGUGAUGCGAUGUCUUGGUUGCAGUCCUACCCUGACUGAGGUGGACCGACAUCUGAAGAUGCAUAAUAUAGACAGGAGUGGGGAGCUGGGCUUUUCCACCUUUCUGAUCAUGAUGCAUGAACAGCUCAAGCAGGAGAGCCCUGAGGAGGAGAUUAUGAAAGCCUUGCGUGUGAUGGACAAGCAGAAAAACGGCUUCGUUCUAGCCUCUGACCUCAGGGCCAAACUGACAGCACUGGGAGAAAAGCUCACAGAUCAAGAAGUGGAUGAGCUCUUCAGAGAGGCUGGAGUGGGGAAUGAUGGAUGCAUUUAUUACGAGGAGUUUGCAAAGAUGGUGACCCUGCAAUCAACACGAUGCUGAAGCACCGUGAAGAGGACGAUAUUUCCUUAAUAGUUUAAUAGCACAGUGGAGAAUUUAUUCAUGUUUACAUCAGCAAACCUGAACAGAAGAACAGGAACCUAAUAGUCAGCGUAGAGUACUAAUAAAGCACUAAAUCAUUUCAAGAGGCAUCAUUAUACUGUUAACGCAGUAGAGCAGAAUAUUUAUAGCUCCACACAUACCCAUUAUUACUGAUAAGUACUUGGCAUGUCAUAGCGUGGGAUGUUUUGGGGAAUGACCAUGUGUAGGCGGUUAGGUCAAGAAGAAGAAUCAUGAAUUGCACACUUUGAAGCUGAAUGGCAGAUAAGACUUGGUAAUUGUGUUUAAAGUGCUACAGGAGAUGUUACAGUGCACCCUUGUGUCCUAUGCAUUGCAGAGAUGUUUCACAUUGAUGUGAAGCAGUGGAUCUGUGUCUAAUAUGAAGACCAUUUAGGCAACAAACUGGAACUUGAACUAUGUUGCAAGACAGAAUCUAGGCCAGAUCUAGACACAUUUGGCUCUUUUUUUUACACCAUCCAAGACCAGUGAAGUGAGGAUGUUACACCAAUAUAGAAGCAUGACAUACGUAUUUUGUGUGUUGUUUUAUCAUAACACUUUAUCAUGACCGUGGUUAUGGUAAUGUAAAUGAUUAUCUGAUAAUGAUCCAUUAACCAGGGUUUUCAAAACUGACAACACUAUUAACUUUAACUCAUCCUGGUGUCUUCUCUUUACUGCAUAGCUGUCUGUCAUCACUGCAAUAAACUGACUCUGUUGUCAUGUUUUUGCUGGCA